CCGGCGCCAUGGGCUCCCUGCUCCCCAAGCUGCUCGAGCUCCUCAAGGAGUACAAAUUGAAGAAGAAGGUUAGGGAAAGUGUCGGCUCUCUCGAGAAAGAGAUGAAGAGCAUGUACGCUGCCCUCCGCAAGGUGGGCGAAGUGCCAUGUGACCAACUCGACGAGCAGGUCAAGCUCUGGGCAGGGGAGGUGAGGGAGCUCUCCUUCAACAUGGAGGAUGUCGUUGACAAGUUUCUGGUGCGUGUUGAUGACGGCUCUGAGCCUGUGGCCAACUCGAACAAGAUCAAACGGCUCACCAAGAAGAUGACCGGCUUGUUCACCAAGGGGAAGACUCACCAUGAGAUCGCAAACGCCAUCAAGGACAUCAACAAGCAAGUCCAAGACGUUGCUAGCAGGCGUGUGCGGUACAAUGUCGACAAUAUUGUUGCUAUGCCUGCAGCGGUGACUCCCAUCGAUCCUCGCCUUCGGGCUCUGUACACCGAUGUGACAGAGCUUGUUGGCAUUGCUGGGGAAAGGGAUCAAGAGCUAAUGAAGUUGCUUUCAGAAGGAGACGACGAGUCCAAGAAAAAAUUGAAGAUUGUCACUGUUGUCGGAUUUGGAGGAUUAGGCAAGACCACUCUUGUCAAAACGGUUUAUGACAAGAUUAAAGGAGAAUUUGAUUGCCGAGCUUUUGUUUCUGUUGGUCGAAAUGCUAGUGCAAAAAUGGUUUUGAUGGAUAUCCUUCUUGCUCUUGACAUGUACGAAAGUCAUUUCACCAUAUUGGGUGAAACACAACUCAUCGACAAACUCCGGGAACGUCUCCAGAACAAGAGGUACCUCAUUGUAAUUGAUGAUAUAUGGGAUGAAAAACUGUGGACAAUUAUCAACUGGGCCUUCUCUAAAAACAACAUUUUUGGAAGUCGCUAAUCACGACAACUCGUGUAGUCAAUGUAUCUAAAUUAU